AAUAUCGUUUUUUAAUUUCUACCCAUCAAAGAUAAAUGUGCUACUGAGGUUUGCAUGGACAAUAAAAUUGAUAUUAAUAAAGAACUGAGGGAAAGAAUAAAUUUUACAAAUGGACCCGAUGGAUUGCGCGUUCGCUUCAAACCCGGCCUCUUUAGCUUUGGGUGCAGCUACCUUGACAUGUACAAGGCUUGUGUACCUACUGGGUUGGAUCCAUGUAUUCCCAUAGAGUACCGACAGAGAGCGAAGGAAUUUUUUGAAGCUUACGAUGACAUUGCAUGUACCAAAGACGAUAGACUGGACAAAUUGAUUGACUGUAUGAACAUGGACAAAGUCCAGAAAUUGUUUUUUGAAGACUUGCUGUUUAAUGGUUUUUCCCUUCUAUCUAGAAUGAAAACGAAUGAUUCUGAUGUAUGCAGUGAAAUGAAGUCAAAAAUCAGUGCCACUGUGACGAAGCUCUCGGCCUAUUGCGACCAUGAUGGUCUGCGAGCUCUUUUGCAGUACAUUAACGAGUUGGCAGAAGAGCUACAGGACGUAUUCCAAAUGAUUGCACGUGAAUCGGGAUAUGGAGAUAUUUGCUAUGACGAGUUUAUGGAAGUGACGUCAUCAUCCCAGAGUUCCAUCACCAGACGAGCUUCAGUUAUGGAGAGCCGGCUUCCCCGGAUCGUCCGAUCUCUGCUUGGAUUUUCAUAAAAAAACUUGCUCAAA